AUGCCUGAACCCCUCGCUGCCGCAAUGCCCAGGAGCAGAAAGACACUCCCUAAGCGGCCUCGGGUGGUAGACACCAACAAUUGUCUCCUCGAAAUGUGCAACCAUGUCAUUCCCCAUCCUAUCACCCACAAUCCCAUCUUCCUCAGGACGAAAGCCAUCCACUCCAGCAGCUAUGUAUGCACGCCGUACCGCUACGUUCCUCAGGUGCCGCAAGAGCUCAUUGACACCAUAAUCGACUAUAUCGACGACAUGGCUACUCUCAAGGCAUGUUCACUUGUCUGCUGGGCUUUUGUCCCUGCGAGUCGGACCCACAUCUUCCACACUGUAUGUCUCGAAAUGCUUCACGACGCUCCUGCCAAGUUCUUCGCUAUAUUGGCCCGCAACCCACAUCUUGAGGUCUACAUACGAGACUUGACCAUCUACCGCGAUUGUGGUACCGACUUAUGGAUGAAACCAGGCAGCCCUCUUCCUGCCAUAUUGUCCAUGCUCAAUCAUGUCGAGCGCUUCAGCCUUCUCGGCUGCUGGGGCGACUGGAAAGACAUCCCCCGCCAUUUCGCCAAUGCCAUUCACCGUGUCAUCUCAUUGCGUACUCUCGACCGUCUUCACCUACUCACCGCCUCCAACGUGCCUCCUGCUGUUCUCAACAGUGCCCUGUCUGUCCGUGUCCUCUCAAUGUUCCACGUUAGUGUGGACUCGAAGCAGAAUGUCAAAAGAUCGCUGCGGCUUCCUCAUAUCCGGGACUCGUCGUCGUCUUCGUCCCCCGAAUUCCUCAAUCUUUCGGUCGACAGCAAGGUCGGCACUAUCUUGGAGUACAUGCGUGCUCCUGGCUCAGCUUACUUCGCAAAUGUUCGGCGUUUGGCAAUAAACCCGAUUCCGAAUAGUCCGAAUAGCGCUGGCAACUUUGCGAAGGUACUUAGUUCAGUUGAAACUACUUUGGAGCGGCUGGACGUGCAGAUUCAUGAAUCGCAUUACGAGCCGUUUGACACUUCCAAACUCAACAUGAUGCGGGCCCUUCAAUUACAUAUCAUCAAGAAGGGCGUCAACACAAUUCCCGAGCUCCUGGUACCAUUCGUAGCCCGACUUCGGGCCAUGAAUCCACGCCUCCAGUCUCUGACCAUCGUCAUCCACCUUCCUUUCGAGGCAGUCGAUGCCGGACUCGACUAUCCUUGCGUCGAUCGUCUGAAGGCUAUUGAUUUCCAUCUGUCCGACGAAGCCACUGGCUUCACGGAACUCAAAGAAGUCCUUUUCAAAAUCGUAGCUGAGGCAAGCCCACCGACGCUCUUGCUCAACUAUCCCUCCUUUGUCAGCGAUCAUCUUCCUCGGACAAGGGCCCGAGGAAUACUGAAAGUGGAGGAGGGCACGCGGGUCCGCGACAUGGCCGUCAUGCCAUUGUUACCUUACACGGGUGUCUGGCCACAUCGCUCCAAGAAAAACGACACGCAGAAUUCAACAUCGCGAUAG